AUGGGAAAGAAGAACUUUAAAAAAACAGACAUUGAAGGAAUACCUUUUCUGACAAAUAGGAUAGGUUUGUUGGCUGUGGUAUCUUAUCGUGGAGUAUUCCUUUUGCUAAAAAAAACAUACCGACCCUACCCAGAAAAUGUUCUUUUGCGUGCUUUUGAGGUGUUGGAUACAGAUAAUAAGGGAUAUCUUACCCAAGAGGGACUUACAAAAUUCAUGACUGAGGAAGGUGAACCAUUUACACAAGAAGAAAUGGACGAGAUGCUGUCUGCUUCUCUGGAUCCAGAUCAAAAUGUUAUCCUGUAUAAAGAGUUUGUGUCCAUGAUGACUGUGGAAGAUGAUUAAAAGAUUAACAUUUUGACAGAGGUGUCAGUCAAUUGUACCAAAGAAUUUGCUUUACUGCUAGAAGAGAUUUUUAAAAAUUCUUAACAAUUUUUGUUGUAUUCUUAUUAAAAUGUACUGUGCUUCCAAACUGCUAGUGCUUGUUUGAAUAAAAUGCU